AUGGCCUUCGUGUUAGAAACGGUCUUGUUCGUUUUAUUCAGUGUAACGUGUGCAACGGACAUGCAGGACAUUGAAAUUGUUUUAUUACCAUUGUGGAACGCGGAAGAUAGGAUAGAGGUACCGUUAAGUUUCAAAGCGUUCGAUCAGUCGGUCGACUUAACGUUACGUAGAAACGAUAAGAUCACAGCUUCUCGGUUUCAAGUUUGGAAGCACACCGACGAGGACACAUUCGAAGAGGUCCCGGAACUCGGUAAAUCGAUCUCGUGCCAUUAUCUUCACAGAAACGAUUUCAGUUCCGCUGCGGUGAGUCUCUGUGGAGAACGUGGCGUGCAUGGUUUGGUCUUUCUGGAGAACGUCACGUUAGAGAUCACGCCGCUUCAGAAUGAAGAAAUCUCGUUCUUCGACGAUCAUGUGAUCAGAGAACGUUCAGACACGUUAGGCGAGCCUCACGUCGUCAAGAGAGCUUACGGUCCUUUCCAAUUUUACGAAGAUCAGCCCAAGUACAAUCGUGCACCGUUGUACAACGAUCUUAUAGAAGGAAAUCAGAUAGGAGAACCGGACGAAAAUCUAUACAGAAAUAACCCAAACGAUGCUCUGACAUUAGAAUUGGCACUGUUCUUCGACGAGGCUGGCUACAAUCUUUUCUCCCCAUUCUUCGACAGGAACGACGAACAGAUUCUCGACAUGCUGCUAGCCUACGUAAACGGCGUGCAAGCUGUCUACCAUCAUCCAAGUUUAGGUGUCACCAUCGAUAUCUCUCUCGUUCGAUUGGAUAUCAUGCAGAAGCAACCUAGAGAUCUACCGGAUCACGGUGGUGAACGUGGACGAUUGUUGGACUCCUUUUGCAGUUACUCGAUGAAGAAGAAUCCUCCGGAUGAGUUUCAUCCUAAUCACUGGGACAUGAGCCUCUACGUUUCUGGUCUAGAUUUCUACGUUACGGAAGCUGGACAGAAGAACAGCGCGACGAUGGGGCUGGCAGUUGUAGGUGGAUUAUGCAUCGACCAGUAUUCGUGCGUUAUCGCUGAAUUAGGCGUCACUAAUCAGUUUGGAAAACCAUUUCCAUCGGCUGGUUUCACUUCUGUUUACAUAGCUGCUCACGAAAUUGGACAUAACUUAGGAAUGCAUCAUGAUUCGACGGGUAACUCGUGUCCAAAGGACGGCUACAUAAUGUCCCCUAGCAGAGGUACCAACGGCGAGACAAUUUGGUCAGAAUGCAGCCGCGACGUGGCUGAAAAGCUUUCAUACAUGAAACCCUGCUUAGCAGACAAGUCAACUCCUCCAAGCAACAGUCGGCUAGAUCACACGAGAUUCUUCAAUCUUCCUGGAAGAGAAUGGACCGCGAAGAGACAAUGUGAAGUGCUUCUUCGCGAUAAAGACGCUACCGUUGCCACGUUUUACAAAGCCUGCGAGUCUUUGCAGUGUAAGACGCCGCAUAGAAGCGGUUACUACUUCGCUGGACCAGCUUUGGAUGGAACAUACUGUGCUGCGGGAAAGGAGUGCCGCGGUGGUGAAUGUAAAAAUUCGCUACAAAUUUAUCCAGGCUCGAACAUACCUUUCGUUCAACCUGGUGGAUGGAGCGAUUGGAAAAAUGGCCCGUGUAAAAGUGGAUGUUUAUUCAAAUCCACCGGUUAUCGAAAUAGACAACGUUUCUGUAACAAACCAACACCGAAGAACACUGAAACAGGUUGUCAAGGGUUACAUUACGACGUUGCAUUAUGUAGGGAUGAUAAUUUAUGCAAGAAGAAACGUAAGAGUAUCGUUGAUUUCGCGACACUUAGGUGCGGCGAAUUCAGCGAAAGAUUGCCAGAAUUGGACGGCAAGGGUGGCGGACUGCAAGCGCCGCACGAAACCGAAAGGCCAUGGAUGGCCUGCGCUAUAUUCUGUCGGCGAAAAGACAUAGCAUCUUAUUACACGCCGCGCGUGGAAUUAAACGACCUUGGCCUUGACCCAUACUUUCCAGAUGGAACAUGGUGCCACACCGAGGAGGGACAAAAUUAUUUUUGUCGCCAGCACCACUGUCUGCCGGAGAAUUUUCACUUCGAGAAAACGCAGCUGAAGGAUCGUACGAACGAUAGGGACGACAUGGUGUUCGGACCUCAGAACGCACAUGCCGCCGGAGGGCUUGGUUUGAAUGAUCAGGUGAUCAAGUAUUUCAGCUUGGGCCCCGAUGGAUUGCCCCUCUUGACCUCCUUGUCGCACGGUAUUGGGUUUCCGCCGGACGACGACGAAUGGAUCGAUAAAGAUUACGUGGAACUGGUGAAACCGACGGAGGAAAUAGUCUUCGAGUCGUUAUACCGUAUGAGAAAGUAA